AUGCCACCCAAAAGAACUGUGGUUACGUUAGCUGAGAAGAAGGCCAGGAUUCUCAGGUUUUUCCAGGAUGGGCACGACAUAUACAGCAUUAAGGAUCUAGAGAAGUACAUUCCGAAGCGAUGUGCAGGCGUAACAUCUAUGCUUGUGAAGGAGCUCGUUCAGCAGCUAAUUGAUGAGGACGGGAUAAUUUCCGUUGAGAAGUGCGGUAACGUCAAUGUGUACUGGUGCUUUAAGAACCAGUUGAUGGGUAAGAUGUAUGUAGAGAUGAAGCAGUACAAAGCAAAGAUUGACCAGUCGCAAGAGAAAAUCAAAGAACUUCAAAGUGAACUUGAUGAUCAGAAACAGGAUAAGCGGUCCGCAACCUUUGUACAUGGUGGGAAGAACUACAAACGUGCAAAGCUGGUGAAAGAAAAUGAGGAACUUGGUAAACAGUUGACGCAGGUGCAAACUGCCUAUAAGAAAGUUGCGCAAGUAAAGUGGGAUGAUAACAAGAUUAAACAACACUCAGAAUAUCUGAAGCGCAAACUCGAACAGCUCGAUCAAAUAACAGACAAUAUUGAGUUAAUAAUUAGCUUCCUGAUGCGUAAGCAUGGCGUACGUCGAGCAGACUUAGCAGCUUCUAUGGAUAUGCCUGAAGAGUUUGAAGAGUUUGAAGAGAUUAGGAAAUCAAUAGUAUGA